UGGGCCAACCACUUCGAAUAAUGUCAUGGGGCGCGACGAUGGCUUGUAUCCGCGACGGGUGCUAGAUGCCGGGUAGAGUCCAUGCUCAAGGGCUCAAGGCGAUCACCACCGCUUCCGCUCCCUGUCUCAGCCCCUCCUCAUUCUCCCCUGGCCCGUUGUAGCCGUCCUGCCAACUUGGCAUGGUGUAGGUCGUGCGACCCGGACGCCCGCAUCCCUUACUUCACAGACGCGCAGGCACGCAGUAGCGCACAGCAUUGUCACAAACGAACACAACAUGGCCGAAACGGCGCCUUCCUCGGAGCAAACUCCGCAGAAGUUCUCUCGCUAUCGCAGCGUGCGACGAGCGCAAGCACAGCAGCAAGCUCUCCACCAAAACCCCGUUGAGACGCCGAAUAUCCCAGCCAUGCCUCCGAUCCCCAUGGAAGCCGCAAAUGCUGCUCCCGUGAGCAGAAGCAUGUCGCGCUACCACCGGCGACCUACAACAUCGCAACUUUCCACCGCAAAGGCUCCACCACUGCUCCCUGCAACUGUUAAUGUCUCUGCCCAACCUGUUGUUCCCCAGGACUCAACCACCGUCCGCAACCGCGCCCUGAGCUCCCCGUACAUGCGCGCUGCUCCCAAUGUCUCACCGCGGGUCCCGAACACGUCGCGAACACGAGCUGAAGCCGCGCCCUUGCCGGCGACACAGCCCCGUCCUAGAACGGCCCGCGAUGAGGCCAAGCAACUCAUGCAAGAUGAGGCUGAUCGGCAGAGGCGCAUGAGGGAGCAGAUCGAGGCUGAAAAGCGUGCCAAGGCGAAAGCUGAGCAGGCAGAACGGGAGCGCGAGGAGCAGCAGCGCAUAGCGGCAGAGGAGGCGGAGCGCCUCCGAUCGCAAGAGGAAGCGCAUGCUGCAGAACAGCUGCGGCGGCAGAAGGAGGACAAGGAUCGCGGGAAGAGGUUGCAAAAGGCAGAGAGUACCAAGCGAUUACAGGAGAGGGAAGAGGCAGAGCGGAGAGCACGCAUCGAGGAGGCGGCACGCACCGUCCCAGUAUCCCCACCAACGUCGCCGCCACGACACGGCGGGCGCUUUGGCAUCUUUGGACGUCGUAGAGACAAUUCUGCAGCAUCCCAAAGCCCACCAAGUACCGCCAGACCUUCUCAUACUAGUCAUGAGAACAGGGACAUGGAGACAAUCAGGCCUGGCGGUGGAGGCGCAGUUCUUGGUAUUGAUGCGCCCAUUUCUGCUGUCAACGCUGGUGAUCGACGUGUGUCCAUCCUUUGCAAUAAGAAGACCUUUCUUCUUCCCGUUACCCCAGAAACUACAGCCCAGGACCUUCUAAGAUCCGCGUCCAUUGUCAUGACCGAGAAAAUCGACUCAUACGCCGACAUUUUAGUAGAAAAUUUCGCAAAGGUCAGUGUACAGCGCCCGUUACGCAUGUAUGAGCAUGUCCGGGACGUGAUGAACUCCUGGGACAACGACACUCAGAACGAUCUUGAAAUCAUCAAUGCCGCUUAUACCGGUCAUGAUCGAGCAACGCUAUUAUCGUCACAAGUACCCGAUGACAAACCGGAGGGAUUGAGCUGCUUCAUAUACUACUCGUCAAGGCCUGGCAAGUGGAACAAGAAGUACGUCACUCUGCGUAGUGAUGGCCAGCUGGUCAUGGCGAAGAACGAGACAGCCAAGGACCAAGAAAGCAUCUGCCACAUGUCAGACUUCGAUAUCUACAGGCCAACGGAACUGAAGCUGAAGAAGAUAAAGCCGCCCAAGAGCUUCUGCUACGCCGUCAAGAGCCAACAGAAGUCCAACAUCUUCUCGGACGAGUCACGCUAUGUGCACUUCUUCUGCACAAGCGACAACAGCACCUCGGUUAAAUUUCACAGUAUGCUUCAGACAUGGAGAAGUUGGCAUUUGAAGCAUGUUAUGGGCGAAGGGCAGAAGAAACCUAAGCCCCAGGAACCCAAACCAGCGAAUGCGUUCCUGACGAAGACCCAAGCUCUGGGAAGCCUUGACCAGGGCCCUGUGACGUCUCACCGCCGCAAUGCGUCUGAGAAUUCAUUCUACCAGCUAGGCUCUUUCAAACCACUGUUCGACUUGGAAGAGCUUGGCAAGAGUCUGGACCCCACUGCUCAGCAAUCUGCAGCUCCGGAGGGAUCUUUUGCUAGGAUGAAUUCAAGAGCUAUGCACGCAAGAAAGAUGUCGAGCAGGCAGAAAGCUCCGCCGCCAGUGGCAUACACCCGCAGCGGCUUAGUGGAUGAGAUACCCGAUAUGCCUGUAGUUGAACGGACCAACUCGCUCACGCAGACUACAACGAGGCCUGAUGAUGAGGAGACCUUCGCUGCAGGUGGUUUACUCGGGAGAAAGUACUCGCAACGGCAGAGAGCCGUACAAGAACGUGAAGCGCAAGCAAAUGGACCCUUCACCGCCGGACCAUCGCUCGUGGGUAGCAUCGACGCCCUAACAGCGGCACAGGCUGCUGGAGGAAACGAUGGCGGACUCGGCCGUAGGUCGUCGGUCCGCAGCACUCAUCGACGAACCUCGAGCGACAUUCAACGCAGCGCCUCCACUAGGAUGAAACCCAGACCGCUCGUGGAUCUCACACCUCAGUACAAAGAGCCCCCUCAAUUCCGGAACAAAGGCAAAGGCUUCAAACCAGAAGGCAGUGCCGGACCGCUAGUUGAGAACGCAACUUCCCCAGAAGAAGCAAUUCAAGUCCCACCCUCGCAAGACUGGCGUGCCGGCGCAGUCCGGCCGAUGACGGCACGCGCUCACGGCAGCUACGGCACGAGCGGCCACGAACGCACACGCUCCCUAAAAGGCCGCGGCGAAGGCCUAGCGGCAUAUACUGUGAAUAACCACACCGCUGGUAUUGACGAUGACAGACAGGCCUUCACCGGGGGUCUCCUCGCGCGCGCAGGCUUCAGCCAGGGUGCGCAACCCGUUGGCCAUGGGGUUAUGGACGGCUCCAAAGCAAGAGGGCCCAUGCUGGACAUGAGCGAACCUUCGCAAUUUGCUUCAGGAAGUCUGCUCGCAGGUGUGCAGCGGAAACAGACGGUGAAGGGACCGGUCAUAGAUCGGGACAGGAGGCAGAGCGUGGAGAUGGGCUGAUGACAUUUUGUGAUACCCCCUUUUCCUUGACAUCUAUGGAGUCGUCGGAAGGUUAAUUCGUCUGGACUGUAUCGCGUGUUUCUGUCAGGUCAAGUUCAAUUUCUUUUGUUUGUCCCUUCUCUUCGUGUCGUUCCGAGCGGGUCCUCGAUAGCUUCUUAGCUUCCUUCCGGGUUGCUUUCUUGCUUGUUAUUUUGUUGGUGCUCCGUCAAAGAUUUUCUUUUCAAAUUUUCUUUCGGUCUACGGGGAGCGAGUCGAGGCUCGCGGUCUUUUUGCUUAAUAUCUCAGGCUUUGCCUAGUUCGCCCAUGUGGGAUUGAUGUGCAGAACUCUAUAGUUUCGUUGUGUCGAGC